GCCAGUUGAUAUAUUUGCACACAGUAAGAAAAACAGACACACAGCAGUAAACGUACACAUCGGCAGAGAGAACAUAGAAGAAUGUUUUUGGCUAGAAAGAUGCACCACAGAACAAUUUUCUGCCUAAUGGUCAGUAUAGUCUGUUCUACAGUGCUGGAAGAAAAGAGUGGUUGGACUGGGAAGCUUUUAGUGGUACCCAUGGAUGGAAGUCACUGGACGGGGGUGAAGGCUGUGGCAGAAGAGAUGGGCCGUAGAGGCCACACUGUGAUCGUGUUGAUACCAGAGUUCAGCAUGCGUUUGGGUCCGGGUAAACACUACAUCACGAAAAAGUUUCCAGUCGCGUAUGGGCAGGAUUUGAUCAACCAGAUGAUGGAAGAACAUUCUCAUGAGUUGACAUCUGCAGCGGAGUCUCUCGUGGUGAAUGUAAUUUCAAAGUUUAACCAUAUGAGGAAGCUUUUUAAGUUUAUGGACUCUACAACCAAAAGUCUCUUCAAGAAUCAGGAGCUAAUCGAAUUUCUGAGAGAGCAAAAAUUUGAUGCCGUUUUGACGGAUCCUGCGCUACCAACAGGUGCCAUAUUGGCGUAUAAUCUCUCUGUACCUGCAGUGUACAUGUUAAGGGGAAUGCCAUGUGGUCUUGAUUCUAUGGCCACAGGCUGUCCAGAUCCUCCUUCAUAUGUCCCGCGCUUCUUUACACGAAACUUGGACCGCAUGACUUUUGGUCAACGUGUGCUCAACGUGCUUGUGAGCUUGCUGGAACCGCCGCUCUGCGAGAUUCUGUACUGGUCCAAUAAGGGAGUGAUGUCUGACUUCCUGCAGAGAGAUGUGAGUCUGAUGGAGAUCUUAAGAAGUGGAGCUCUCUGGUUGAUGCGAUAUGAUUUCACCUUGGAGUUCCCCAAACCCUUGAUGCCCAACAUGGUGCUGAUUGGAGGGAUUAACUGCGAAAUAAGGAACCCCCUGAGGAAGGUGAGCAUCAGCAAAAUAUUGUGA